GUACGAGCCACCGCAAUUGUUGAAACGCCUGCCAUCAUGAUCUUACGGAUACACGCAUUCCCAUCCGUCCUCGAAUUGCGCCCAUUCUGAAGACGGACAGUACACGAUUGCGCCUCCUGGCCGGGCCGGCUUGCGUCAACAUCGUGCUGAGCCAUGCGCUCGCAAAUUUUGCUACAAAGAGCCUGUCAUAGCUCGAGUCGGCCGAGCAUCACCGCUGGCACGAGCAUGUUCUUUGCUUCCGCUUCGCGACGAAUCAGUGUGGCCAGCAAUGCACACAUUGCGCUCUUGCCGCGACCGCUAUCGGUAUCUCCGCCUUCCUCGGCUACCUCAUGGGCGGUAAAGCUUGUGCCAAUCCCAGCACAUAACACCGUCACUCCUCUCUCUUCUGCUUCUAAUACAACCAUCACUCCAAUAAUACGUCAGAUCCGCGCCUUCUCGCUAUGCCACAUCCACCGAGAGGCGCAAUCUCCCACUGCGGCCAAGCCAAAGAGGAGCUAUCUGCAAGAAGUGAAGGAGAGACGGCCGGAGCCGGACGAGCACGAUGAAGAUGAUCACACAAACAACCAGAAGUCAGACAAAGAGCUUCUCGCAGAAGCUGAAGAAAUACAUGAGUUCGGCCGAUCCGAGAAAGCCUCACAGGCUGCUCAGUUGAACUUGAGCGCCAAACUCAGCAAGGACGGCACCAGGGGAGGCUCUGCGGGAGGAUGGUCCGAGAUAUGGCGUCUGCUCAAAAUCGCCAUGCCAGAGAAAAAGAGCCUCGCUCUCGCCUUCGUCUUCCUUCUUAUCAGCUCCAGCAUUACAAUGAGCAUUCCCUUUUCCAUCGGCAAAAUCAUGGACGCAAGUACUCAGUCAUCAGAUGGCAAAGAGCUCCUGUUUGGACUCAGUCCCGGCACCUUCUACCUCGCUCUUGGCGGUAUCUUGACAGUGGGCGCAGCGGCAAAUUACGGCCGAAUUAUUCUUCUCCGGAUUGUCGGCGAGAGGAUCGUCGCCCGCCUGCGAUCUCGCCUUUACAAGCGAACCUUCAUUCAGAAUGCCGAAUUCUUCGACGCCAAUCGUGUUGGCGAUUUGAUCUCCCGCCUGGGAUCAGACACCAUCAUUGUCGGCAAAUCCAUAACUCAAAAUUUGUCCGACGGUCUAAGAGCAGCCGUCAGUGGGGGUGCAGGUCUAGCCAUGAUGGGCUAUGUCAGUUGGAAGUUAACGUCGAUUCUUGCCCUGAUGUUCCCUCCAGUUGCUAUCGGUGCCUUCUUCUAUGGCCGGGCCAUCCGCAAUCUCUCGCGCAAGAUCCAGAAGAACCUGGGCACACUUACCAAGAUUGCUGAAGAGCGGCUGGGCAAUGUGCGAACGAGUCAAGCAUUCGCAGGAGAAGUUCAAGAGGUUUCGCGCUACAACAAUCAGGUCCGCAAGAUCUUUGCGCUCGGAAAGAGAGAAGCCAUCAUCUCGGCGACUUUCUUUUCGUCUUCAGGCUUCAUGGGCAACAUGACUGUCUUGGCUCUUCUUUACGUUGGGGGUGGCAUGGUCAAAAGUGGUGCGAUAAGCAUUGGCGAGCUAUCGAGCUUUUUGAUGUACACGGCGUACGCCGGUUCGUCCCUUUUCGGUCUGUCCGGUUUCUAUUCCGAGCUCAUGAAAGGCGUCGGAGCUGCCAGCAGACUUUUUGAAUUGCAAGACAGAGCCCCUUCCAUGUAUCCUACCAAGGGGCAACCAGUCCAUUCGGCUCGUGGUCCCAUCGAGUUCCGUCACGUAUCCUUCAGCUACCCCACACGACCAGCCGUACCCAUUUUUCAGGACUUGAACUUCCGUAUCGAAGAGGGCUCUAACAUAGCCAUUGUGGCUCCUAGUGGGGCAGGAAAGUCCACAGUUGCUCAACUGCUUUUGCGAUUUUAUCAGCCUACUUCAGGAACCAUUACGAUAGAUGGUAAAGACAUUUCGACAAUGAACGCGAAGCAGCUUCGAAGACGGAUUGGCUAUGUUGGCCAGGAGCCUGUGCUGUUCUCCGGCACUGUUGCUGAAAACAUUGCAUACGGGAAGCCGGAGGCCACGAGAAGUGAGAUUGUACUGGCUGCACGAAAGGCAAACUGUCAAUUCAUCUCAGACUUCCCGGAUGGUCUGGAAACGUUCGUCGGCGCUCGUGGCACCCAGCUUUCUGGCGGCCAGAAACAGCGCAUAGCUAUUGCCCGCGCGCUUCUCAAGCAACCGGAUAUUCUCAUCCUCGAUGAGGCCACAUCUGCGCUAGAUGCCGAAUCCGAGACUCUCGUCAAUCAAGCUCUUGGCAAAUUACUUGAAGGCCACAACACUACAAUCAGCAUUGCACACAGGCUGAGUACCAUCAAGAGAAGCGACCGCAUUAUAGUUAUUGGAAGCGAUGGAAAGGUGGCUGAAGAGGGUACCUACCAAGAGCUGAGUGCCAAAAAGGACGGUGCCUUCUCGAAGCUGAUGGAGUGGCAAAUGACUGGAGAUGCAGGAGCAGGCGUAUUACCGACCUCUAGAGAAAGAGCUGAUCCACGGCCGAGCGAGAUGGAAGAGCUUGAGCUAGACUUAGAGAAGGAGGAUGAGGGCGAAGCGACGGAUGCAGAGGCGGAAAAGGCGCAGAGGGCUGUUCCUAAGACAACGGAUGCUAAAGAUUAGGUGAGUACAUUAUGGAUAUGACGUGGAGGAAAGCGCAUACUUUGUACAUAUCAAAGAUAUACAUUCAAUGACAUUCAGAACCGAAAGGAAAUCGUAGACUGUGUACUAUAGCAUAUCUGGCUGGGCUCGAGAUGCACUACGAGCAUCGAUAGACGAAACAAGAUUCUUCGCUCAUCCAA